AUGUGUUCAAACGCGUACGAAUGUCCAGCGAUGCCAGUCGCGCCGUGCCCGCCAGCCUGCCCUCCCGCGAAGAAAUCGAACGAUCCCGAGUCAAAAUACUACAGGGAAAUAGGGACAGCUAUGGCAGGCAAUCAACUGAUCAUUCGAAUGGAGAGGGAGAAAGGUAAAUCGAAGAAAUCCGGGGACUGGAGUCCUCCUUGCGACUGCGACGUGGUCGAGAUCCAGAGACCCACGAGCAAAGAAGGGCCGAAGAUACUGAAAGGUCCGGGGAACAAUCGAAUUCUCUUCAGGGUGCAAUCGAAAACGCAAGUUGGGAAGAAGGAGGACCACGGACACAACCCUCAAGGGAUUUAUUAUGAAGUUGGCCAAUGCAAAGAGGAUCGCGACAAAGAAGACAGGUGCAGAACGUUCACUAUUUACCCUGUUCUGGACUCUCCAGGAUCACAGGAAGUGCAUACGGAUCGUAUCACCGAAGGAAACGAGAGUGUAUUUAUGGUGAGAGUGAAAAAGAAACCGGGUGUCGUCGAAGAACCGAAGAAACACAUCGAAUUGGAACUUAGAACGCCGAAACCGCCUACUCAGGCCCCUGAAACGCUGCAACCGGUGGUGCAGCAGCGUGCCGCGAGGGCCGACAAGAUGGCGGAUGCGAGCAGAAUUUCGAUACAGGAAACAACAAAGAAAAUUGCCCAGAAAAAGAAGAAGAAAAGAUGA